GCCUGAAAAUAUGAAAUCUCCCGGAGACUUUCCCCACAUGGCCGACCAAAAUCAUUAAAAGAGAUUGCAGGGAAGAACAUCAUCUGAGACUCAAAUCUGGACAUCGGAAUAAAAAGAGAGAGAUUGCCAAAUUCGAUCGAGAAUCGGAGACGGCGGUUUCUUCUUAUAUAUGGCACAACCCUGCAGAUGUGAUGGUGAUGAUGAGCCUGGGUGGAUCAAAAAGGUGAAAUCAGAAGGCGCUGUUCCGUUUCUUGAUCCUGAAAACUGUUCCAAUGGUUGGGCAUCUCCAGCUGGCGAUGUUUUCAUGGUAAGAGGCCCGGACUACUUCUCAAACAGAGUCAAAAUUCCAGGCGGUGAAUAUCUUCUGAAGCCUCUUGGUUUUGAUUGGAUCAAAGGCCCUUCAAAGCUCUCCAAUCUCUUGUGCAAUCCCAAACACCGCAUCAGGAUGGCUCUUUUGGACGAGUUCCCGGCGCCAGGUUGCGAGAAGCCCUUCGUUUGGGCUUUCAACUUGCAAGUCCCCAGCAAGGAAAACUACAGCGCGGUCGCGUAUUUCAUGCACGCGGGACCCACAACCGAGGGGUCCUUGAUGGACCAGUUCCUGAGAGGAGACACCGCUUUCAAAAACUCAAGGCUAAAAUUGGUAGCGAAUAUUUCCAAAGGACCUUGGAUUGUGAAGAAGGCAGUUGGGGAGCAGGCCAUAUGCGUCAUCGGACGGGUACUCACUUGCAAUUACUGCGCCGGAGACAAUUUCAUCGAAGUCGACAUAGACAUUGGGUCCUCAGUGGUUGCGAAUGCCAUUGUUCACCUUGCAUUCAACUACUUGACCAAGCUGACCGUCGACAUAGCCUUUCUUAUUGAGAGCCAAACUCAACAAGAACUUCCAGAACGAAUCUUGGGAGCUGUGAGGUUCUCUGAGCUGGACCCCGCUUCAGCGAGGACAGCUGAAGUUCUAUCACCUGAGCAGCAGAGCUUGGAAAGGUCGCAAUCCUCGCUGUCUCGGCUAUGGAAGUCGCUUGGGAACAGCUUUUCCUCCAUUCACAAGGGUGCUCAAGAAAGCUUUGAUAUCUCUGGAGGAGGAGGGGAGAAUGUAGACUAGUGGUAAGUGUCUUAUGGGCAUAUGAUCACCACAUUUUCUUUCUUUUUUCUAACAUAAAUGUUCUCAAGUAGCAUCAAAUUUCUUUUUAGAACAGAUAUUUGAUGUUUGGGUUGAUUGUUUGCUACUGAUAGUAUUUGGAUAGUUGUUUAAGAAAAAAAAGGGUUUGGG